AUGAUUACAAAAUUCCACCAGCAUGCCCUUGCCCUGGCCUUUGCUGUGAAGGAGGUCAAUGAGAAUCCCCAGAUCUUGUCCAAUGUUACCCUUGGGUUCCAUAUCUAUGACAGCUACUAUGAUGCACGGAUGACUUAUCGGACCACCCUGGACCUGCUCUUCAAAUCAACUAGCUUUCUUCCCAACUACAAAUGUGCCAGGCAGAGGAACUUGAUAGCCAUCAUUGGAGGACUUGAUUCUGAUACCUCUUUCCACAUGGCAGACAUCUUGGCUCUCUACAAGACUCCACAGAAUGGAAUCUGUACAGCUUACACAGAACGAAUCAUAUCUGGUUUUCGUUUGGAUAACAUGGAAGAAUUUUUUGAUAUAGCAUCAUAUAUCCAUGUUCCUUUAACUGAUCAUAAAGCUAAUACGUUUAUCAUUUAUGGAGAAUCAGUGACCAUUGCACAUCUGAGAGGCAUUAUAUUUGGGCAAGAUCCUACAAAUAAAGAAAUAGACUCAUUCAGAAAGGUGUGGGUUAUGACAAGUGGGAUUGACUUCAUACUCCCAGGCCUUCAGAGAGGUUGGGAUCUUGACUUAUUCCAGGGAGCCAUUGCCUUUACGGUUCACUCAAGAGAACUUCAGGGAUUCAAAGCAUUUCUUCAGAUGAUAGAACUUUCCUGGGCCCGAGAAGAUGGUUUCCUUAAGGAUUUUUGGGAGCUAGCAUUUGACUGUUUUCUCCCAAAUCCGGACAUGUCAGUAAAGAAGGAUGAAAACACAUGUACUGGGGAAGAAAGGUUGGAAGAUCUGCCUGGGCCCGUGUUUGAAAUGCACACCAUUGGACAUAGCUACAGUAUCUAUAAUGGUGUUUAUGCCACAGCACAUGCUUUGCAGGCCGUGUUCUCAUCUCAGUCCUUCCGGAGAUCCAUCUUGAGGGGCAAAUCUGCUGAGCUGGUAGAACUUCAUCCUUGGCUGCUCCACCCAUAUCUUCAAAGGGUUUCCUUCAACAAUUCGGCUGGUGACACAGUGUCCUUCAAUGAGCAAAAGGAAAUGAGAGGUGGAUUUGACAUUGUGAACAUGGUCAGUUUUCCAAACAGGUCCUUUCAGAGAGUGAAAAUUGGAUGGAUAGAUCCAGAUGUGCCCCAUGGAGAAGAAUUCACAAUUCGUGAGAAUAGGAUUAUGUGGCACAGAGCCUUCAAUCAGGUCUGUCCCCUUUCAGCAUGCAAUGAAUGGUGCCAUCCUGGAAAUCGAAAGGAAAAGAAGGAAGGAGAGAAAUUUUGCUGCUAUGACUGUGUCCCCUGCCCGGAUGGGGAGAUUUCAAACAAGACAGAUGUGGAAAAUUGUUUCAGAUGUCCAGAAGAUCAAUACCCUACCAGAGAGAAAGAUGACUGCACCCACAAAAUUGUAAUGUAUCUUUCUUACAAGGAACCUCUAGGGUUUAUUUUAGCCUCCCUUUCUAUUUCAUUGUCUUUGAUCACUGUUCUCGUAUUAGGAGUAUUUAAUAAGCACAGAGAUACCCCUCUGGUCAAAGCCAACAACCAGGACCUCACCUACAUUCUCCUUAUCUCCCUGAUCUUCUGCUUCCUGUGUCCUCUACUGUUCCUUGGCCAGCCCAACAAAGUGACCUGCCUACUCCGACAACCAACCUUUUGCAUCAUCUUCUCUGUGGCUGUUUCUUGCAUCUUGGCCAAAACCCUCACUGUGGUGGUAGCUUUCAUGGCUACCAGGCCAGGCUCCAACGUGAAGAAGUGGGUGGGGAAAAGGAUGGCAACCUCCAUCAUUCUUUUCUGCUCUCUCAUUCAAGUAGGCCUUUGUACCAUCUGGCUAGCAUCUUUCCCUCCAUUCCCACAGUUGAACAUGCAUUCUAUGACCAAAGCCAUCAUCAAGGAAUGUAAUGAAGGUUCUCCGGCCAUGUUCUCUUGUGUCCUGGGCUACAUGGGUUUCCUGGCACUUGCCAGCUUCUUUGUGGCCUUCUGCGCUCGCAGAUUACCGGACAGCUUCAAUGAAGCCAAAUUCAUUACCUUUAGCAUGCUGGUAUUCUGCAGUGUUUGGGUGCUGUUUGUUCCAACUUACCUGAGCUCAAGAGGAAAAGCCUUAGUGGCUGUGGAGAUCUUCUCUAUCAUAGCUUCCAGUGCUGGAUUACUGGGAUGUAUCUUUUUCCCUAAAUGCUACAUCAUUAUGUUGAGACCUGAGCUGAAUAUCAAGGAGCAGCUAAUAAGGAUAAGGAAUUAA